AUGACUAUUAUCCAAAAAGAGAUCCGCGCGAGACUCAAAGUUACAGCCACUGUGAUGUUCACCUUGGUGACGAUGAUCAAAUACGGCCAAUUGCUGUUCGGCAGGAACCAAGUGAGAAAUUGUCUCGUGCGAGUGGAGGAGGAUUGGCGAAACGUCGCCAACUCGAGUGAUCGCGAUGUAAUGAUCGACAAGACCAGAACAGGCAGACGUUUACUCGUAAUAUGCGGUAUAUUCAUGUAUUCCACCGGGGUGUCCUUUCGAACGAUCAUACCGUUGUCUCGAGGGAAGAUCGUGACUGAUCAGAAUUUUACGAUUAGGCACUUGCCGUGUCCGACUCAUUUUAUUCUAUUUGACGUGCAGCUCAGUUCCGCCUGUAAAAUCAAAUUUCUUAUGCAAUUUUUCUCGGGAUUUGUCAAAUGCACGAUUACAACGGCGGUGUGCGGUCUCGCGAGUCUUUGCGUGAUACACAUUUGCGCACAACUAGAAAUAUUGAUGACGCUAAUGAACAAUUUGGUGAACGAGUCUGAGCUGAAAAACAUAAAUGACAAAUUGGCUAUUAUUGUAAAGCAUCAAAUUAAAACGCGAAAUUUCUUGCAAUUAGUACAAAAUACAAUACAAUAUACAAGUCAGCUAGAAGUUGUAGGAUGCACUAUAAUUGUAUGUCUCCUCGGAUAUUUUAUUAUUUUGGAAUGGGAAGACAAGAAUACCGUGGCCAUAUGUUCGUAUAUCAUCGGCCUUACAUCGAUUAGUUUCAACAUAUUUAUCUUUUGCUUCAUCGGCGAGCAACUUUCGACAAAAGUCGUUAAAACGGCAAUGGCGUAUUUAAAUCUUCUUACAAGUAAAGCUACCCAACUGUCACUCAUCAAUCGGAAUAAAACUUUGCACACUUAUAAAGCAUGA